AUGCUGCGACACGUAGGAAAGAUGCUUCCCUUGGCUUUCUCUAUAGCGGCCUUGGUCUGCCUAGCCAUUGUCUUUGCGGGAUGCAUAUCGACCUCUUCUCCCAAUGAAUUGUACUUCUUAAAGGUGGAAUUUAUCAAUUUUCCAGAAUUUGGGAGCGUUCAUCCUCGUCGCUCCCUCGGUAUUGCCGCGGUGGACGGAAUCGAUGUUGCAAACAAAGCCAGUAGUGAGGCCAACAGCGUUAUGAACAGCGCUUCUACUGCUGUAAUUUAUGCCUCGGGCGCCGCAGAGACUGCAGCGAGCCAGAUGACCGAUAAGAUUCAAUCUUUAUCCAACGAAAUAAACUCACACCUUCCGGGUUUUUAUUCUGUGGGACUUUGGGGAUAUUGCCAAGGCCAGAAAGAAACAUCAUCUUAUUCCAAUUGCUCGCAACCCAGUACCUCCUUUUCGUUCGACUUGUUAAGCAUUUUGGGCUCGGUUACCCCAGUAAUCGACAGGGUGCUACCAGAUGAAAAUAACAAAUUGCUUGCUGGAUAUCACGGUGUCUCCCGAUGGUCAACCUCAGCUUACAUCUUGGGCUUUGUUUCAACAUGUGUGGCUGUUGUUUUCGGAGUCACCACAAUGUUUUUUUCGCGGGGAAAAAUAUUGCUUAUCAUUUCUUCUUUGUCUGCAACUAUUUUUGUCGCCGGCGCAUCCAUUGGCGUUACGGUAAUCUACGGGUUGAUUACGGGUGCUAUACAGAGUAUCCUUCAUCCUCUGGGAGCCGAUGCAAGUUUCGGGGCGCAUUCUUUUGCUGCAACCUGGCUAGCAGUAACAUUCUCUUUUGCGGCACUUUUGACAUGGCUGAUUGAGAUGUUUUGCUGCUGCAUUUGA